UAAUUGGGUGGUAUGUUUGCAAACAACACAAAUUUGUGAAUUCCACUCCACCGAAACCAUCGGCUACCUUCCCGGCUCCCCUCAUCGGCGGGAUUACGGCGCUGUGUUCGAAAUCGCGGCCUUCCUCCCCCUUGCACUCCUACCCAGAAACAUCGAGAAAAAUGAAGCGAGGAGUAGCGACGGGCAUUGCAAGUGAAGUUUUCUAUGGGUGUUGAAUGCGUCUAACUCUCGGAUUUACUCUGAAACGGAGGUAAAAUGGGAUUCAAGCUUCCGUAGGCAAGUUAUCUAUUUGAAUCGUUUGGCAGGGCUUACGCUGAAGAUGAAUGUGGGCUGAGGUCGAUCAUUCUACUUAAACACUCGUCCUUGCUCUCCUUUCCUCUCAAGCCACCAUCUCCCAUCGUAGAGAUCCCGCCGGUGAAGCCCGGAAAAGGUCGAACGGCAUGAAGAAAAUAGAAGAGGGAGAACCUAUCUUAGCUCCUUUCUGAUGCCCUCUGCUUUCCACGCAAAUAUUUCUGGUUACGAUUUUAUCUUGUCGAAAUGCAAGGACCUUUAUUGAAGGCAGGGACCAGGCUGAGCAGUUCCCUUUUCUUACCGUGCAGUCACGCCCUUUUUCAUUCAACACCGGUAUCCUUCGCCAAAUGGAAGGAUGACGGUGCUCCUCAACAACCAUCUAAGACCCAUAUUAGAUAUUCGGUUCGUCACAAGCGUGCUGAUGCAAAAAAUGCACUCAAAAACCUCCUCUUCAAUGGGAGAGCCUCAGAUCACUAUUCUCAGGAUGAAAACAAUCCCCAACAUUCAAAGAAUUCAGAGAGAUCCAAGCCUCAGAAAGCAUCUUCUGGGAGAGGCAAACAGAGCAAGCGUCGGCAGAGAAAGAAGAGCUUCUCUGAUGAAGAAGAACUCGGGCAACCUGGGAUGAUAUUUACUGCAAAUUUUGGUGGACAGCAGUCUUUCACCUGGUCCUUCAACACAUGGGAGAACUGUAAUUACCAAAACUCUACACCUGGUUUUGAAUGGAAGGAUGAAUCAAAAUCAGAGAAAAACAGGGGAAGGGUUUGGAGUGAAAGUGAUAUCGAAGAAGAAGCAAAUGUUGUAGAUCAACAUUCCAAUAGAGUAGCUCUUGGGUUGCCAGCUUCAGGUCCUUUGUGUUUAGCGGACGUUAAAAGAGCUUUUCGUGAGUCUGCACUGAAGUGGCACCCUGACAAACAUCAUGGCCUUGCACAGGAUAUGGCAGCAGAGAAGUUCAAGCUCUGUGUUGAUGCUUACAACAACCUCUGCAAUGCUAUGAAAUCUUCCUAAAUCAUUUUCGUCUCUGCGCUCUCACAGAUUAUCGAACGGUAUUUCUAGUGUAAUACGAUUAUACGAGCCAUAUACCUAAUUGCAUUAUUUUCGAAGUGAAUUAUACCCAGCUCACAGAGAAAAUUUCCAAGAAUACUAAAAUUUUUUCUUAUCUUCUUCAUCUAUUGGUUUCUUCUCCAAAUGUUUGUUUGAUUGUAAGUAUUAGGAGUGUAACAGAAAAAUAAUAAUUUUGUUCAUAGAUUUUUUGCAAUGCAUGCGAUUGCAUUGCUUUUGCAGUAUAGUUUGAUUGUAACUAUUAGGAGUGUAACAGAAAAAUAAUAAUUUUGUUAAGAUAACUGGUGCGCAAAUGGAUUGUCUUUGUAAAUUCAGUGGGAAUUUGUCGACAAGACUGAAAGCAGAAGCAUGUU